AUGAAUGACUUGGUAUAUAUUUUGUAUAACAAGAAGUUGAAAGAUCGACAUUUAAAGCUUCAAGAGGUUACCGAAGAUCCUUUGGUUCUUGAUGACAUAGCUUCGGAUGAUGAGUGGGUUGCUAAUCCUCCUAAUCCAAAUGAUAUUGGAGAUGAAAUUGAAACUUCGACAUUGUAUCAAGAAGAGCAUAAUGUUAUUGGUGAUUCUCAAGGAUUGGAAGGAGGAAGUGGUGGUGGAGGUGGUGGAGCGAGUGGUGGUGGAAAUGGAGGAGCGAGUGGUGGUGGAGAUGGUGGAAGUGGUGGAGAUGGUGGAGGUGCUGGAGCAAGCGGUGCUGGAGUUAGUGGAGCAAGAGCAAGUGGUGGAGCAAGCAAAAGGAAAAUGAGUAAAGGGAAGGAUAAAGAAACAAGGCCAAUGAAAAAGAGUAAAGGGAAGGAUAAUGGAAAAGGGGUUCUCAUCCGUGAGGAAGAAGAAGAGGAAUUCCAAGAUGCUAGUAGUGAUGAUUUGGAUGAGUUGGAUGGUCUACCUAUUCGAUUUGAGGAUGACUCUUUAGAUGAUGAAGCAAGUGAUGAAGAUGAUAUCAUGGAUGAGGAUGACUAUUAA